GCCACAGCAGCAGACAUUCCUGAGAGGAGAGAAUGCGCUUCCUUCCUCUCCUCUCUUUUAUCCGUGGGCGAAUUCCAAACAUUUCUUUUUCUUUCCGCGUCUGUGGUGUGCAUUAUUGCUAGAACACGUUUCGUUUCUUUGCUCCCAUUAAUAGAGUGUAUUUUUGGUUGCGCGCAACAAAAAACACCGUGUUAACUGUCGCCCCUACGACACCAACGAAACAACCCCGCUACUCGUGUCUGUUCAACGCUCGAAGUCGAAGAAUGCACUAGAUGAGUGGAUGCGACAUUGAUCAACACUCGACCCCACGAUGAAGGCUGUACGAAGCACCCUGUCGACUUCCUACGCUCACAAUGAGCAAGUGCCGUUCUACCAAUCGAGCUACUGCCAGAGCUGCUCGGGCAGCGAGACAGAUGUGUCCACGUCCAACGAAAACCUGAGCACUGAAGAGAGGCUGGCGCUGCGUCGGGGCGAGCGCCAAGACCCCCAGGGAGAGGAGACGGCUCUGACGGAAGAGGAGGCUGGCUCCCGCUCCAACACCCUGGUGAUCCGAAACAACAGCUCCAUCGACGGAUUCACGUCGCCCUUCUACGGGAAGCUGCCCGAAAACGGGAAGUUGCCUGGCACGCCGGCUGCACCCGUCCGCGAGAUCACAGACAUCCCGAAGCACUACCUCGACCAGUCGGAGGUGUUGAAGCACCUGGCCAAGGAAGUGCACACGGAUCCACACUGCGUCGUCCGGAAGGGCUCCACGGGGGGACUGUCGUUUUCGACUUCACAUCCCGACCUUACUCAGGUAGCAAACGGAGGAGCCGGUUCCCCGCGAUGGAAGAACUCGUCGUCGAGCACAGACCCCGAUGGCAGCGGCGCGUCCGCACGGAGGGGCUCGUCCCCUCCCCGGGGCGUGGCCGCCGUUACAGCCGUGGUGCUGCACCAGCAGCAGCAGCACGGGCGCACCCAGACGCCGGUGGACCCCGAGACGGCGGUCCAGGCGGUGGGGCAGCUAUUGGAGGAGAACGGGGCGCUCAAGGCAGAGCUGGACCUGUACUACGGCAAGGUGUCGCGGUUGCAGCGCCUGGAGCUGGAGCUGCAGAAGCUCCAGCAGGACCACGACAGCCUGGUGGGCUCGACGGACAAGCGGGAGCGGCUGCACCAGGCCAUGCAGUCGCGGCUGGAGCGGGAGGUGCUCAGGGCGCAGGAGGCCAGCCGCCGGUUCAAAGAACAACUGGACGGAGCACUGGCGCAGCUGAAUAUGCGAUCGCUGCCCGACCACAAUGAUUCGGAGCUGAAGAAAGAGGUCAGCCGGAGGGAUGUUCUCAUUGCACAGCUUCUCACUCAGAACAAGGAGCUUUCGGCCGAAAAAGAGCGCAAGGACAUUGAGCUGCAGGCGCAGAGGGCCACCCUGCAGGAACAGCGAAACCACAUCGACAUCUUGGACACCGCCCUGAACAAUGCCCAGGCCAACGUGGUCAGACUGGAAGAGGAGUGCCGUAAGAAGCAGUUCUACGUGGACCGCGCCAGCCAGCUUCAACAGGCCUUGGCCAACGUGCAAGUUGCGAGCGAGCGCAGGCUUCUGAUGGAGAAGCGCUUCCGCAGCCAGCUGGAGAGAGACGUCGAAAACCUCACCGCUCAAAAGAAUGAGGGCAAGUUGUCGGGCAGUGGCAGGAAGGAUUCUGGGGACGUCGAGUACCUCAAAAGGUUGCUGCGAGAGUAUGAGGAGAAGAUCAUCGCCCUUGAGAACGAAGUUGCAAAGUGGGAGCAGAAGUAUCUGGAAGAAAGCACUAUGCGGCAGAUUGCUGUGGAUGCUGCCUCCGUGCCCAAAGAUGCAAAGAUUGCCGCCCUGGAGCAGACCUCUCAGGAGAGUGAGAAGCUGAUUGCUCAAGUGCGGUCGGAGAAGCUGAAGCAGAUGGAUGACCUGUACGCCGCCCAGCGGAAGUGCGCCGAGCAGGAGGGAAAGCUAAAGGAUCUGGAGUCCCGGCUGGCAGAGAAGGACGCCAUGAUCCGGGUGCUGCAGCAGCAUUCCCAAGAGAAAGACGCCGUGCUCCAGAACGCCGUUCUUGGGCGACCCCGGCACGCAAGAGCGGCCUCCUCCGUCACCCUCGGCUCUUCGGCAGGGUCGGGCGGCGGCAGUACUCCCGCGCACCGCAGAACGGGCAGCAAAGAUGAGAUCGGUUCUUCUAGUCUGUCUGGCGUUGUGACGAGCGAAACAACGGCGGGGGGUGGCAUGAGCUCCGUGGCUUCUCAGUCCCCGUGCACCGACUCCAAGAAGAGCAUCGACGAACAACUCAAGGAAUUUGGGUCCCGGCUUUCUAACAAGGAAUCGAUAAUGGAGGUCUUGCGGCUAGAAAAAGAGCAGCACUCGACUUGCUUUUGGAGGGUCUGACCCCACCUCCGCACGCCCUGGUCCCGCGCUUUUUCGUUCGUGGGCAAGUUGCUCAUGUGCCAACGCCUGCUCCUCUUUCACCCUCUACAUCGACUGCAGCGACCACUGCGACCAGCAAUGACGCAGCACUGGCAAAACGUCGGGUGCUGGCUCGGUCUACAGUCAGUCAUUGUUUUUACCCACUCUACGUAGUUUCAUCUUGCUCUAAACCUUUUUUUCUUGUCCCCCCCCCCCCCCCCCCCCCCCCCCCGUCUUUUGGGAGACCUCUUUGUUUAAAUUCACCCCCUUCUGUUUUUGUUGUGUGCUUUUUUUUUUUUUUUUUUUGCUUUGUUAGGUCUUGUCUCCUCUUUUUAUUUAUUUACUACUCGCUUUUUGAGUUACCCUAAUUCAUACUGAUAAAACACUUUUUUUUUUUUUUAUAAGGCAGUCUUUGGUGAAAGCAGUUUUCUGUUUUGCACACCUAAUGCUUGCCUUCCCUCCAGCUUGUUGGUUUCUGAUAAUUUCUGGUUGCUUUUACGGAUGCCAUUGCACCAACUGAACUGCUGCCCUCCUGUUUUCUUUUUUACCUGCUAAGCUUUAUAUAAUUUUUGCAGUGACGACGUCUCGCAAUGCAUUGGAGAGAAAAGGAAAUGGCUAGUCAAUUUCUCCGUGCCUCGCAGAGUUCAAAGUUUUUCUUUUGUCUUCUUUCGAGAGCAAAAUCGGCUUCUUCCAGACGAAGGGCUUGGCUCUCCCCGACUGUAUCGUUGUUAUAUAAGUUGUGUUUCUUAGUAUGCUUCUGCCUUCUUUUUGUUAAUGAAAAGGUGACAGUGUGGUUGCCUUUCUAGUAUAAAAGAUUGUGUUUGAGGUCAUACUCCGCAAUGGGCCGAGGCGUUUUACUGCAAAUAUUAUUUGCCUGGGUUCACGAAAGGGCAGUGCAAGCGUGCACACUUACUCUGCAAGCUUCUCUGUGAACUUCCAAGAUAUGGCAAAAUGUCUUCCAUUCUUUCCUUUCUUCAGUACUGCUCCCUUGGUGGAUGCACAAAAAAAAUGCUCUGGCUACGCUUGCAUUUCUUAAGGCAAGCUGGAAGCACCUGGAACGAAAGAAUCUCAUCCUAUCCCCUUCAGGCUACGCGAGCCUUGGUUCUCUCACCUUGACGAAGUUGGACACCUAGUGCUGCGAAGCAGUCUCCACAGCAUGUCCUCCGGAAUAAUGUAUCUACAUUAUAUAGGUAUUACAUCGCUUACACAUAUGGCCCUUGAACUUUGCUGUGAAACCACAAAUGUCCAAAUAUUUUGCAGGAUUUGUUUUUUUUUUUCACCUUUGGAACUGACCGAGUGACAAAAUUUUUAGAACUCAAAACCAUUUACUGCUAUUAUUUUCAUUUAGCUAAAUCGCACAUUGCCAAGCCCCAUGCAUCUACCUGUCACACAUUGAAAAAAAAAAAAAUAUAUAUAAAAAAACUACAGUGCCUUUUUUUUUAUUACCUUUCAUAUCCAACAUUUAUUGCGAGUUCGCUUUACGUGCAUUGUAGUCACCGAGGCCUUUUUAUUGUGUCAGUCUUUACACCUACUAACGCUAAUGCUUCCUGGUGAGGUCAAGUUUUCGGUCGGUUAAUCUGGUGCGACGAGUUCUUGGAACUGCUUGGAGUGAGGGUGCCGAAUGAUUCUUGCCUCGGACAAGUUUCAUGUGCCCUUCACGCAAAACAGGUGUUGCCUUCUCUCAACAAGUGCAUUAGUGUUUUCAGCAGUGCCCAUGUCUAGGGUUCAUGGUUAUGUGUAUAUAUGUUUGCUCGUACAAUAUGUAUACAUCGAGUACUGGUGACAGGACGGCGCUUUGCGGGUGCUGGUCGCCGGCAAGGCAAAGUCUCGGAAUGAGUUUGAGUGCCGUGGAAUGUAAGCUUUAUUUCUUCAAGCGAGAACAACCUAAUGUUCUGCUCCAUAUUUUGUUCUGUCUAGCCCUUCUUGUUUGCAAUGUGCCUUCACCUGAAUGUGUUCACUUCAAGCUGUUGGGCUUAUUAUAUUGUACAUUUUCUGCCGUGUUGUCUGGAAUUAGAACAAGCUUCUCCUUGUUUAUGUAAAGCUUUGUUUUUUUACCGCUAUAGCAACAAUACCUUCCGAUGUCAAAAGACGCGAAGAUGGGGUUUCUAGUACAUCGUUUUAGUGCAGAGCAGAAGAAAAAAAUGUUUUCUAGUCGUGGUGCCAUUUUGCAACCUUGAGGUGCUGUUUCAACCUUGGGAUGUUUGUUGAAGAGAAAGAAUGUAGCCCAUUUUUUUUUUUUUCCUAAGACACUUUUUGAAUGUGGGUCAUCGGUGUUCUUCUCAAGCUCAGCCAUCUCCUGUACAGUCAACGAAUUUGUGCAUUGCUUCAUUACUUGUUGUGGACUUGUGUGCCUUUGUACAGCUUCAUAAAAUGUAAUAAAAGUAAGAAAACUCAA